AAUAAGUCCAUCUGUGAAAUCUCCUUGCUACUAAAUAUUCCACGGUCAGCUGUUAGUGGUAUUAUAACAGAGUGGAAGCAACUGGGAAUAACAGUAACUCAGACACAAAGUGCUAGGCCCCGUAAAAUGACAGAGCAGGGUCAGCACAUGCUGCAGCGCACAGUGCGCAGAAGUCAACUGUCUGCAGAGUCAAUAGCUAAAGACCUCCAAACUUUGUGCAGCCUUCAGAUUAGCACAACAGCAGUGCGUAAUGCGCUUCAUAGAAUGGGCCAUGGCCAAGCAGUUGCCUUCAAGUCUUACAUCAAUGAGUGCAAUGCAAAGCAUUAAAUGCAGUGGUGUAAAGAACGCCGCCACUGGACUCUAGAGCAGUGGGGACUUGUUCUCUAGAGUGAUGAAUCACACUUCUCUGUCUGGCAAUCCAAUGGACUUGUCUAGGUUUGGCGGUUGCCAGGAGAAUGGUACUUGCCUGACUGACGAUGUGCCAGACUAACUAUGUAAAGUUUGGUGGAGGGGGGAUUAUG